AUGGCUAGUGAAAAAAUAAAUGAUACUGAUCCAGGGAUACCGGCGAGUUUGGACCCCCAAAUGAGCCAAGAUGAUAUUAUAUUAAUCAUUCAGCGUGUGUUUGGUGUGGAAAGAGCUGCGAGAUCUUCAGUUUAUUCUGUGUCGGGUGUGUCUUGUAUUCUAAUACAAAGGCAGUUAAAGGAUAGCUCAUUUUUCACCUUCAUCUGUAACAGCCCACCUUUCCCAUCCUGUCCUCAGGCUGCCCUCGUCUGCCUCGCCGCCGUCGCCGCUGCCUCCCCGCAGUUCAGGGCUCCGACUCGACAGACCUUCCAGGACGAGCGUCAGGUGGCCAUCUUGAGGGACGACCGCCAGGAUUCCGGCGACGGCAACUUCAACUACAACUUUGAGGCCGAAAACGGAAUCAGCGUUUCUGGUUCGGGAGCUCCUGGAUCUGAGGGCCAGAGCAACAUGCAAGGCAGCUACAGAUUCACCCUUCCCGACGGAACCAUCGCCGAAGUGAGAUACGUCGCUGACGAAUUCGGAUUCCGUGCCGAGUCCCCCCUCAUCCCCACCCCCCACCCCCUCCCCGCCCACGCCAUCGAGCAGAUCCGAGUUGCUGAGGAACAACGGCGUCGCGGAAUCACCUUCUAAAGUGGAGACCUGUAUCAUGAUAAAAAAAAGUAUCCUAUAAUGGUACAUAUGAUCAUGUAAAUACUGUAUGCUUCAUCGUCAACAUUAAAAUCAUGCCAUAGAACGAGCAA